AUGUGCACCAAGGAUUGCUACAAGGUGUUCGGAUACUUUCUGGGUUUUAUGUGGAUUGUUACUUGCUUUUACUACACGAUGGAAACGAUUGAGCUUCUAAAAUUGAUGAAUCUUCAAUGCAGCGACACAGCACCGGAAUCGCGCAUUCAAUUUGAUAAGGAAUUAGUGGAAAAAGUAUGCGAAUUUUACGGUCAUCUAGCUGAUUUUGCGCCUUAUCACGUAAUUACGACUUUAAUCAAAAUGGUUCCGGGAAUGCUGCUCAUCAUAGGAAUUUUCAAAGAGAAUUUAACCUUGAUCAAAGUGUUUAUGAUUUAUGCUGUUCUGGAAGAAGUAUUUUUCGUGACAGUUUUUUCUAAAAUAUUUACAUUGAUUGAUAGUGAAGGAAAGAGAAGCUCGUGGAUUUUCUGGAUACUGGUGUUUUCCUGUGCCAAGCUGAUUGUUGCAAUUUGGAUACUAUUGGGCGUGUACGCAGCUCUCGAUAAUAGUAGAAGAAUAAUUCAACGUUAUGUAUGA